CACUGGUUUAGUGACGUCAGAGUUUAAGUGCGCCCGGCUCCAUCAAGCGAUCUUCCUCUGGUUGAGUAUGCGGCUGUCGAGUGUCGACGGUCGUUAAACUGCGUUCCCGGUGUUAUAAGCUGUAACCGGAGCCUAGAUGCGCGGUCAGUUUCUAAAAUUGAAUUCGGUCAAUCGCGUCAGAGUGUGACAUCCUAGGCUGAGGUCGGGAAGCAGAGCAGCGGGAGGAAGCAGGACGUGUGGAAAAGGAGUCAGCGAACCACACAGAGAGAGAAAAGGCCUCCUUAAGCUAGGAGCCGCCCCCUUUCUCUGACAUGCCCAGUGUCCUGCCUGUGUUAUGGAACAACAUGUAACGCCCUGCGAGGAUGCGCCCCCACCACUGAUGUACCGUGUGGAACGGCCUGUGUUCGAUGAGGCCUACCUUCACACCCAGCUCCUGCACCCGAGAGAGCGGAGCCCCAAGACCAUCAGACAGAGACUGGCACAGCAGCUCCACUGCUCAUCAGAGAGGGCCAAAGCCAUUGCUCUGAGCUUCCUGCCCAUUUUAACAUGGCUGCCGUCCUACCCUGUCAAAGAGUACCUGUUUGGGGACCUGGUCUCAGGCCUCAGCACAGGGGUCAUGCAGCUACCUCAAGGUCUUGCCUAUGCCAUGCUGGCUGCCGUGCCUCCUGUGUAUGGCCUGUACUCCUCCUUCUACCCCGUCCUGCUCUACACCUUCUUUGGGACUUCUAGACACAUAUCUAUAGGCACGUUUGCGGUGAUCAGCCUGAUGAUUGGAGGAGUGGUGGUGAGGGAGGCCCCUGACUCCAUGUUCACGAUCCAGGCCCUGAAUGGUACCGCCACCAACACCACCGUCUUCAUCGACACAGAGGCCCGCGAUGCCAGGAGGGUCCACGUAGCCGUAGUCCUCACCACCCUGGUGGGAGUCAUACAGCUGGUCCUGGGGUUGUUGCGGUUUGGCUUUGUGGCCAUCUACCUCACGGAGCCCCUGGUACGCGGAUUCACCACGGCCGCGGCUGUUCACGUCUUCAUCUCUCAGCUUAAAUACCUGCUGGGCAUCCAGACCCCGCGCUUCAGUGGGCCCCUGUCUGCUCUUCACAGUGUCACGGCCGUGUUCAGUGACAUCACCAGCACCAACGUGACCACGUUGAUUGUGGGCGGGGUCUGCAUGGUGGUCCUCUACUGCGUGAAGGACCUCAACGAGCGCUUCAAGAAGAAGCUGCCUGUGCCCAUCCCUGGAGAGAUCAUUGUGGUCAUGGUCUCAACGGGGAUCUCCUAUGGCCUCAGUCUGUCAGAGAACUACCAAGUGGACGUGGUCAGGACAAUUCCAUCCGGGCUGCUCCCACCUGCAAUCCCAGACUUCUCUCUGCUGCCCAACUUGGUAACGGAUUCUAUCGCCAUAGCGGUGGUGGGCUUCUCCAUGGGAAUCUCUCUGGCCAAGAUCUUUGCUCUGAAACACGGCUACAGUGUGGAUGGUAACCAGGAGCUGAUUGCCCUGGGUCUGUGUAACUUUGUCAGCUCUUUCUUCCACACCUUCGCCAUCACCUGUUCCAUGUCCCGCAGUCUGGUGCAGGAGAGCACCGGGGGCAAUACGCAGAUUGCAGGUCUGUUGGCGUCCAUGGUGGUGUUGCUGGUGGUGGUGGCCAUUGGUUUUGUCUUCCAGCCUCUGCCACAGACCGCGCUGGCUGCCAUCAUCAUGGUUAACCUGCUGGGGAUGUUUAAACAAUUCAGGGACAUCCCUGCCCUGUGGAGGACCAGCAAGAUCGAGUUGGCUAUCUGGCUGGUAGCCUUUGUGGCCUCUGUGCUGUUGGGCCUUGAUCUUGGACUUCUGGUGGCCUUAGGAUUUGCUAUCCUGAGUGUCAUCUACAGAACACAGAGCCCAAAGAGUGUGAUCCUGGGACAGGUCCUGGACACAGGCCUGUACUGUGACGUGGAUGAAUAUGAAAAAGCAGCUGAAUGCACAGGGAUUAAGAUUUUCCACUCAAACUCUUCAAUCUACUUUGCAAACAGUGACCUUUAUUUGAAUGCCCUCAAAGAGAAGACAGGAGUGGACCCCGUACAUCUCCAGGCUCUACGGAAAGCCCGAAAAAGAAAACUGAAGAAGGAGAGCGCAGAGAGGGAGAGCCAAAACCACAAGUCACCACAAAAAAGGAGUGCUGUCGUCAAACUGGAUGUGGAGCUGGGCGUCACUCACGAAGUGGUGUCAGGGGGCGGCUCUCAGAACCACUUGGAGGUGCAGGGGAACGGGCAGGUGGCCGAGACCCACACAGAGUCAGACUCUGAGGAGACCCGGUUCCUAGAGCCCCUCUGUCCUGUCCACACCCUCAUUCUGGACUGGACCCCUGUCAACUUCAUCGAUUCUGUGGGAGCCAAAGCAAUCAAGUUGGUGAUCAAGGAGUAUGCAGCUGUGGAUGUGUGUGUCUUCAUCGCCGGCUGCAGCAGAACUCUGCUGACUGAACUCCGCACCCUGCAGUUUUUCACCGGGGUCGCGACCCCAGAAAUGGUCUUCCCUACCGUCCAUGACGCCGUAUUGCACUGUCGGCGCCGGACUGCACAGCCCACCAUCACUGCCAUCCAAUGACUUUGUCUGACUGGGGACAUCAAGGGGGAGGGGACACAGGGCCACAUGCACCUAAGGCUGCUCUAAAGCCAUGUUCACAUUGGCAGUUUGAAGUGACUCAAAUCCUUUAUUUUAUUUAUAUAUAUAUAAUUCAAAUCUGUUCCUUUUUUCCUGCAGUUUGAACAGGAAAUGGAUUAUGAUAUUUCUAGCCACAUUUCAAACCACCUUCGUAGGUGGUUUGAAGUCAGAUAUAAAUCUGAUUCCUGGCCAACUGACGUGUUUGAACGGUGAAAUCUGAUUUAUUUGCCCUCAAGGUGUUUUUAGACUGUUAUGUGACAUCUCUUGAUGUUUGCUAGCUACUCUGGUAGCUAACUAGCUUGUUAAUUGUUUUCAAUUAUUUUGAACAUUCAAAGCAACUGGGAAAUGUCCAUGGCAGGAGUCGUCACCUUAGCCUGCUACAUAACUUCUGAGUGCUAGGAAGCACAAACACUUACACCACUGCACACACCCGUCGUUACUAUGACAACUAGCAUAGCCAUGUCAGCAAAUGACUGCUGUCUGAACACAAACUAAUCUGAUUUGGUAACUUGUAACUUGAUGUUUGGACAGUCAGUAUUCCAAAAUGAAUUUAAACUGAUAUGAGCAUUAAGGCCUGCAGUGUGAACAAGGCUUAGGUGACCCGGGGGAGUUCGAGCUGGAGACCUCCAACCACCAGAGACAGUCUGAACGCCCAUCUCCAAGUGUAACUUUUUGUUUUAUUGCUAACAUUCCUACGGGCAGGACUCUUAUGCUAAGAGCAAGUCAUUUAUCAAUUUACUGCGUCUUUGAAAUGGUUUCAAGCACUUGUGUUCUUCACAGCAUUGUCUCAAAGUAGAAGAGAAAUAGCAACACUCAGGUUUAGGUCACGUGCCGAGGGUCUUUUCAGAGCAUCCCCAUUAGUGGUUACAUUUGAGAUCCAGGAGAGCAACACUGAAGCUCUGACAUGUUGAAUAGAUGGUAAAAGUAACAUGUUUUUCUCAAAGAUUGGCCUCUUGUUAUCCCUUUCCUGCUGAAUAUCUAAGAAAUGCAUCAUUACACAAAUCUACAAACUAAUCAGGUAGGCCACUUCACAGCUGUUACUCAUACUAUUCUUUUCAAGUGUCUUUCAAUUAGUGAUAUGCAGUUGAAUGUACUAUAUGAAUAACCAGUCACUACAGCAGCUGAACACUGUUUGGUCCAAUUCAAGUCACUCAUCUAGUGCUGUAUGUUGUCGGUACAAAGCUAUGAAUUUGUACAUUUGAAGUUAUCAAUAUUUUUGUGAUAAUAUAUGGAUGGUUUAAAUUGAAUGGAUGGUUUAAAUGUACUGUACAUAUCUUACAGCUUGACUUUUCCAUCAAUAAACAAUGCAGUUUUAUAGUA